CUUUUUUAUCUUUCAUCUUGCCAGUCAAGCAGAUCACGUUGACCGUGCAUCUAAUUAACCACCUCACACCUCAACGGAUUUACACUCAUUUUUGAUAUACCUUUAGUUGUUCGCCCGUCGUCCACCACAUAAACCAUCAAUAUGCGUUUCUCACAGAUCACCAGCGCUGCUGCGCUUAUUGCCGUUGCCUCUGCUGCGAACGCUGCCUCGAACACGGGCGCCAGUGCUGACGGUGCAACCGGAACGACAUUGUUGGCAAACGCUAUCCAGAGCGGUUCUUUUGUGGAUGGAUCUCAAGAGAUUGGAGCUGAUGAGGCCGACCAAGCCAAGUCACUGACAUCGACAAACAACUUCAUCAACAACUGUGCGGGCAAGACAUUGACCAACGGUCUCCAAGUCGUCGGUGGCUCAUGUAACGGUAUCCCCAUGGGUGAUAUUCCCGCAAAGACCGCUAUGGUUUCUUCGGUCAUCACUUUCCCAACUACUGGUGGAACCCAAGUGCAAUCCGACACCACUUUCAACAUCUCCGUCCAGAUGUCCAACUUGGUUGCUGGAUCUUUCACCAACGCUGAUGCCACCUACUUUGCCGCACCUCAAUUCUUGUCAGGCGGACAAGUUGUCGGCCACACUCACGUCACGGUCCAAGAUCUCGGUAACAGCUUGAACCCAACCCAAGCUCUUGAUGCCACCCAAUUCGCUUUCUUCAAGGGUAUCAACGAUGCCGGUAACGGAAAGGGUCUCCUUCAAGCUGUUGUCACCGGUGGUCUCCCAGCUGGCAACUACCGUGUCUGCACCAUGGCAUCCGCCUCCAACCAUCAACCUGUCAUCAUGCCCGUUGCUCAACGUGGUACCGCCGAUGACUGCACCAAGUUCACUGUCGGAGGCAACGGACAGGUCGCCAACGCUGCCUCCAACAGCGGAUCCGGUGGUGUAGCAGCCGCCGCUGCUGCUGCUUCUGCUGUUGCCGCCGGCCCAGGUGCCGUUGAUCCCAACUUGAGCUCCGCCGCUGCUGCUGCAUCUGCCACUGCCAGCGCCGCCGCAAAGGGUGGUAACGCCAACGCUGCUUCAGCAGGCAAGGCCUCCGCAUCAGGAUCUGCAAACGCAAACGCUGGCAACGCUGCCAAGGGAGGCAAUGCAAACGCUGCGAACGCCAAGGCUGGAAAGGGAGGCCGAAAGCAGAGAGCCCGUCGGGAAUUUAUCGCAUAAGGUGAGCGGGUGAUGAGGGGAUGAAGGCGAGGGAUAUAUUGAUCAUAGAGGAGUUUUUUAAUCAUUCGUGGAAGGAAAUAUGGGAGGUGGGAAAGAU